UUAGAACUGAGGCAUAGCGCAAAAACCCUAGUAUCUGCCAUCAACCGUAGUCGCAAACGUUUCUUUUUCCCCAGAGAGAGAGAGAGAGAGAGAGAGAGGAGAUGGGAAGUGAUAGCGAAGCAGAGAAAUCACAGAAGCAGGAGAAGAAGAAGGUAAUAGCUCUGUCUCCUAUCGCCAAGCCCCUUGCUGGCAAAAAGCUCUCCAAAAAAACCCUCAAGCUAGUUCGCAAAGCUGCUGAACACAAAUGCUUGAAGAGAGGAGUGAAGGAGGUGGUUAAAAGUAUUAGGCGCGGGCAUAAAGGGCUGUGUGUCAUAGCUGGGAACAUAUCUCCUAUAGAUGUAAUCACUCAUGUUCCAAUCUUAUGUGAGGAGUCUGACAUUCCCUAUAUAUAUGUUUCAUCAAAAGAAGAUCUUGCAAAUGCAGGAGCCACCAAGAGACCUACAUGUUGUGUUCUGGUGUUAACCAAACCUCCCAAGGGAGACAUAGGCCAGGAGGAACAGGAGAAAUUAAAGGCAGAUUUUUCUCAGGUCGUAGCUGAUGUGUCUGAACUUACCUCCUCUCUUUUCUAAUGGACAAGAUGACAUUUUUCGAGUUUGUUUUGAUGUAAUAUGUAGUUGUUAAUGUGAUAUGUUAUGGGUGUUAACUUGCUAGCCUUUUUCUUUCCCCAUUCUAUGUUAUGAUUAAGAAAAUUUAUCUUUUAAUAGUUAAUGAUUAUGGAUGCGGCUGUCUUUGAUAA